AUGCAUCGGUCUUCAGCUGAAUCUAGACAAGACGAGAUCCAUCUGUUCAUGCGGAACGGAUGGGUCUCGGAUGCCCCAUUCACGCUCAACGGAACGAACAUAUCCGAAUGCACCAGCUACGUUUAUCUGGGUCGGGAACUGAACAUGACCCACAAGCUGGGCAGGAGGAGACGAGCGGCUUGGGUAGCGUACAAGAGCAUCGAGGAUGUAGUGAAGAAGACCAGGAACAUCCGGCUCCGUGCUCACCUCUUCAACACCACCGUAUUUCCUGCUUUGACCUAUGCUUCGGAAACCUGGGCAUUUCGCAAGCAGGAAGAAAACGUGAGCGUCAUUGAAUGCGCAAUUGAGAGAGUGAUGCUAGGAGUAUCCCGUUUCACGCAAGUGAGGGACGGGAUUCGAAGUUCUCUCCUAUGUCAGCGAUUGAAGAUUAGAGACGCCGCCGCGUUUGCCAAGGAAAGUAAAAUAAGGUGGGCCGGACACGUGAUGCGCUUUAAUGACAACUGUUGGACCAGAGCCGUGAGCGACUGA